ACUGAAAGAGUACGUAGUAAUGAGAAAAAUGUUCAAAUCUCAGCUUCCAAGAGAAAUUUCAAGGUAAAAAACUGAGAGGAGAGUAAAAUGAAGGUUUAGAAAUGGAGAGGAGAGAACCUCAGAAAUUCUGGCAACAAAACAUUGCAUUGCAUCGUGUGUAAAAGAGAUCACUUGGCCGAAGAAAAAAAAGGGGCCGCAGAUAGUCUUUUGCCAAAUCGAUCGUCGUCUUCGCCCACAUCGUCUCCUUUGCAGAUUCCUGCCGCCGGCGUUAACCAUCUAUCACGCACUGUUCCAGAUCGUCCAUCUGCUCUUCAUCCAGGUUCUGUUCUUCGCCCAAGUUGGAUUAAAUCCGGUAAUCGUGGUUUUUUGUCUCUCGGCGAUUAUCUCUCCUUUUUUUUCCGGAUUAAAUCCGUCUGUCUCUCGGCAACUCAAUUUGGAAUCCUUCUCUCCCAUUUAAAAAAAAGAAGGAAACACAGCCGAGCAUAUUAUGUCCGCCGCCAAAGAUCCCUUUGAUGCACUCCCAGGGGGGCUGCGAUUAUUCUUAUGCAAUCUUCAUUCCCUGGUUCCGGUAAAAUUAGAGGACAAUAAUUAUCCCUCUUGGUCCUCUACAGUUAAGGCUACAUUGAUUGCACAUCGUCUACUCGGUUACAUUGACGGGACAGAGCAUGUACCACCUCCGACCAUUGUUGAUGAGAAAGCUUCAUCUGCUACCGACAAAGAACCUGUUAUUAAGGUCAAUCCUGCCUAUGAUCAAUGGACUAUUAUUGAUGCACAAUUGCGGGCCUCUCUCCUUGCUCUUCUCUCCCCAUCGGUUCAGAAUCUGGUCCACCAGUGUCCAACGGCUGCUGAUAUUUGGGAUAAACUUCACCAGAGGUAUAAUUCCCUAUCCCGCACACAUAUUUUUCAACUCAAGGAUCAGCUUCACAAUCUGCGAAAAGGACAAUCCACAAUGCAAACAUACUUGGAUGAUGUUCUUAAAAUUGUUACCGCCCUGGCUUUGGCACGAGAAACUAUCCCCGAGCAGGAUAUUAUUCUCAAUGUUUUACGCGGUCUUCCUCAAGAAUAUGGCCCUAUUAAAUAGAAUAUUCGUUCCAAUCUUGUGGCUCUCACUUUCAAUGAAGUCUCUGCCUUGUUACUCUCCGAAGAAUUGAAUCUCCAACUUGAGCAAAAAUUGCAGCUUGGUGCAUCUUCUACGUCCACCGCUGAUAUUCACACAGCCCUUUACACCUCGAAUGGGCGAGGCGACCGUGGGCGUGGUCGUGGCAGAGGCAGGUUUACCGGGGGACGAGGGGGUGGUCGUUUCGGACAGAGCGGACGGCUACCACAGGACCGCUCCAAUGGUCGUGGUCGUGGUCGUGGUCGUGGAUCGCAACGUGACUUCUCCCUUGUAUGUCAAAUUUGUGGAAAAGCAAAUCAUGGCGCAUGGCAAUGUUGGAAUCGCUUCAAUGAGGAGUAUUCUGGUCCACCCCGACAGCAUCAUAACACUCCAGCUUUGUAUACUAGUUACUCCACUGAUUCUAAUCAGAACUGGCACCUUGACUCUGGAGCUAGUACUCAUGUGACAUCCGAUUUAUCGAGGCUGAAUAAUCCAACUCCAUAUCAUGGUCCCAAUUUAGUUACUACGGCUGGAGGUCAGUCUUUACCAAUCUCUCAUGUUGGCUCAGGUCAGGUCUCUACACCUUCAGGAAUUUAUGAUCCUGGACAACCACACCAAUACAGUGACGUACAGAGGCCCAUGUGAGCGUGGACUAUACACCCUUCCAUCCAAACUUGUCUCGAAUAUCGCUCCACUAGUGGCUAAUACCAUAAAGACAACCUCUCAUCAGUGGCAUUGUCGUCUUGGUCAUCCAUCUUUUCAAGUCACAAGAUUACUUUUUUCUCAACUAACUUUUUUCUCAACUAGGUCUUUCUUUUUCAUCAAAUGUUGUUCAUUG